AUGGUCCAACUAGUGGGUUCCCUCCGAAAAGAGCUGGCUGACUCCCUUUCCACCUGUAAGGUGCUGGUGGUGGGAGCCGGAGGGAUCGGCUGUGAGCUGCUGAAGAACCUCGUCCUCACCGGCUUCAAAAAUAUCGAAGUGAUCGACUUGGACACAAUUGAUGUCAGCAACCUGAACCGUCAGUUCCUCUUUCAAAAGAAGCAUGUUGGCAAGUCCAAAGCACAGGUGGCCAAGGAGAGUGCUUUGCAGUUUUGUCCCACUGCAAAUAUUACUGCCUACCAUGACAGCAUCAUGAACCCUGACUACAAUGUGGAAUUCUUCAGGAAGUUCAUGCUGGUGAUGAAUGCUCUAGAUAACAGAGCGGCCCGUAACCAUGUGAACAGGAUGUGUUUGGCAGCAGACAUCCCUCUUAUAGAGAGCGGCACUGCUGGAUACCUUGGACAAGUCACUGUCAUUAAGAAGGGAUUGACAGAGUGCUACGAGUGCCAACCUAAGCCCACUCAGAAGACCUUCCCAGGAUGCACCAUCAGAAAUACGCCAUCUGAACCCAUUCACUGUAUCGUCUGGGCAAAAUAUCUUUUCAAUCAGCUCUUUGGAGAAGAGGAUGCAGAUCAGGAAGUGUCACCAGACACUGCUGACCCGGAGGCAGCCUGGAAACCAGAGGAGGCAGCAGCUCGCGCCACAGCCUCAGAAAAGGACGGAGAUAUCAAACGUGUGUCCACCAAAGACUGGGCCCGUUCCACAGGAUAUGACCCCGUCAAGCUUUUCAACAAGCUGUUCAAAGAUGACAUCAUGUAUCUGCUCACCAUGGACAAAUUGUGGAAGAAGAGAAAAGCUCCAACACCUCUGGACUGGCAGCAGCUGGAGAACAGGGUGUGUCCUCAAGAGGAGUCUCCAGGAUCAGGUUUAAAGGACCAGCAGGUUCUGGGCGUUUGGGGUUACUGCCAGCUGUUCCAGCACAGUGUGGAGACGCUCCGCACCCAGCUGCAGGAGAAGGGAGACGGAGCUGAGCUCGUCUGGGACAAGGAUGAUCCUCCAGCCAUGGACUUUGUCACUGCCGCAGCCAACCUCCGUAUGCACAUCUUUAGCAUGAACAUGAAGAGUCGUUUUGAUGUCAAGUCUAUGGCAGGUAACAUCAUUCCAGCUAUUGCUACAACCAACGCCGUCAUCGCUGGACUUAUCGUUCUGGAAGGACUGAAGAUCCUGUCUGGAGAAGUGGAGUCCUGUCGCACGAUCUUCCUGAACAAGUGUCCGAACCUCAGGAAGAAGCUGCUGGUGCCGUGCGUCCUGGACCCGCCCAGCGCCAACUGCUACGUCUGCGCCAGCAAACCUGAAGUCACAGUCAAACUCAACGUCCACAAAACCAUGGUCCUCUCGCUGCAGGACAGAAUCCUUAAGGAGAGGUUUGGUAUGGUGGCUCCAGAUGUUCAGAUAGAAGACGGAAAAGGGACCAUCCUCAUCUCCUCAGAGGAAGGGGAGACAGAAGCCAACAACAGCAAAUUUCUUGCUGACUUUGGGAUCCGUAACGGCAGCCGUCUCCAAGUCGACGACUUCCUCCAAGACUACACACUCCUGGUUAAUGUCCUGCACACUGAGGAACUUGAGAGGGAUGUGGAGUUUGAGGUGGUGGGCGAGGCUCCAGACAAAGCCCCACCGCCUCAGAGUAACCAGGAGGAUGUGAACAGUAUCACCAACGGCAACAAGGACUCCGCCCAGCCAUCAACCUCCUCUAAAGCUCGAGCGGAGGAUGACGACAUCAUGAUCGUCGACUCUGACGAGGAGGGGGCGUCGUCCAGCGCGGCGGCAGGAACGGCGGCGACCCCCAGCGGCACCAAGAGGAAGCACUCGGACGCAGAAAACCGGCGAAACUUCCAUCAAGCGGCCGCGGACGGACCAAUCAGGAGCGGCAGCCGACAAUGACGACGACGACGAUAUCAUCGCUCUGGACUAGCCCCGCCCCCUCCACCCCCAUCUCACAGUCUCUUUGAACGUUUGACAUUUUGACUUCGAGACGGACAGUAGGCUCAAAUAAAACCACCCUCUUUUAUGAAGAACAACUUACUGCCCCGGUUCAUAUUUGGUCACUUCCUUUUCCCCUCAGACUGUUUUGUGCUUUCAUACUCCCUCUGCUCCACCUCACAUGAUGCUGUAAAUAGGUUCUACAGGUUUUGAAAAGUACAUACACCUUUUUUUGUUAUUUUUAUUCAUUUCUGAUCCCUAUAAAAUGCUUCUCUUGAUGGUUAAAAAAAAAGUGCUUUUUUGUAUUUUUUUAUAAACUUACUGUAUUUCUCAUGCUACACAAGUCAGGGUGUUUGUGCUUUGUCGUCGAGUUACAAAAGAAUGAAUAAGACUUAAAACCAAAACAUUUCCUUGGGUUGUAAUAUUUAUGUGUUUGUUGAGGGGAAGGUUUCAGACGGACUGGAGGGUCUUCGUCUGUACACGUACGGUACCAGUUUUUCUAAAGCAGAGGCGCUGAUGAAGGGUCUGGCCACACUGUGACGUGGGUGUUGUCGGUUUGCUACCUCUUUUCUACAUCUGAAACAUUUUGGCUGCAAAUGCAUAACCCUGCCCUCCACACAACGGCCACAGUGAGGCGUCCAGCUCCUACACAAACUUGACUGAAGUUCACCCCGGAGCGAACCAAGCGUCCUGUGAAACUGCUAAUGUUAUCUUCUCAAAUCAAUGUUCAGGCUGAGCGCUAGCGGCUUAGCAUCAGGCUAGUUGUAGUUUUAAUGUUAACGGUAUCUUUUUGUGAGUGUGGCUUGGAUCUGUUUGAGAACACAGGUCACAUUUUGCUUUAAAACGCUUAAAAAAAAUUAAAAAAAAAACGACAACCUCUGAGAAGGACCAGUUCAUUUGAUCUAAAGUGCGGUUAAACUGGAUCCAGACCUGUUGGGGGCACCGCUACGCUAACGACUGCUAAGUGUAGCCGGUCUCCGACUGGUUUAGUCCGGUCGAACCUGUGUCUGUGUCAUUUCAUUGUGAUCGGAACUUGAUGAAAGGCCUUUUGGACCAAUUUGAUGAAGACAAUAAACUCAACAUAUACAGAC